AACCGGAUCCCAGGAGGAACACCAGGAAGUGACGUUCUGAAAUACAUGAACUACGGAACAGGACGUUUCAGCUGGACUCGCAGCACUUGAGCUAACAACUUUAUUUAUCUCAUAACAGACUUAAGGAAGAGACCGAGGGACACUCGCUUUCCCGCGCUAGCAGUGGCAGCUAGCUUAGCUGGCAGCAGCUUCCAGGAUGAGGGUGAAAGUGGGGUUUCUUUUGCGGAGUUUACUUGUCAUCGGGACGUUUCUGGGUCUGGUUGUGCUCUGGUCAUCUCUAUCGCCAAAGCCCAACGAGGAGAACCCCUUCGAGAAAAGGCAGGAGGGAGCUUUGUUACCCAAAGGGGGCCUAGCUGUUCACUUCAAGCCGGUGGUGCCCUGGCCUCAUGUGGAGGGUGUGGAGGUUGACCUCAACUCUAUCAGAUUCAAACAUGGAGAAGCCAAUCAUCAGGAACUGGACCAGCAGCAUAACCCAAAUCAGGUCAUCCAGCAGCAGUAUGUGACUUUCAAACCUCAGACACAUGCCUACAACAGUCCUGUGUUAAAGAAAGGUAUUCUGGGAAAUUUGGAGCCCAAGGAACCAGAGCCGCCAGGGAUGCCUGGAGGUCCUGGAGAGGGAGCCAAGCCGUUUGUGCUAGGUCCAGAGUACAAGGACUCUGUCCAAGCUUCAAUCAAAGAGUUUGGCUUCAACAUGGUGGCUAGUGACAUGAUCUCCUUGGACAGAACAAUCAGUGAUAUACGACAUGAAGAGUGUCAGUACUGGCAUUAUGAUGAACGGCUGUUGACGUCCAGUGUGAUAAUAGUCUUCCAUAACGAGGGCUGGUCAACCCUCAUGAGAACCAUCCACAGUGUCAUUAAGAGGACUCCUAGACAAUUCUUGGCUGAGAUUGUCAUGAUAGAUGACUUCAGCAACAAAGUCCAUUUGAAGGAACGCUUGGAGGAGUACAUCAAGCAAUGGAACGGUCUUGUAAAACUCUUCAGAAAUGAGAAAAGAGAGGGCCUGAUACAAGCCCGGAGUAUUGGAGCCAAGAAGGCCACCAAAGGACAGGUUCUGAUCUACUUGGAUGCUCAUUGUGAGGUUGGAAUCAAUUGGUAUGCUCCACUGGUCGCACCCAUUUCCAAAGACAGGUCAGUAUGUACAGUCCCACUGAUAGAUUAUAUAGAUGGUAAUGAAUACAGUAUGGAGCCGCAGCAGGGUGGUGAUGAAGACGGACUGGCUAGAGGAGCCUGGGAUUGGAGUCUGCUGUGGAAGAGAGUGCCACUUAGCCAGAGAGAGAAGGCCAAACGAAAAUAUACCACCCAGCCUUAUCGAUCUCCAGCAAUGGCAGGAGGUCUCUUUGCUAUAGAGAGAGAUUUCUUCUUUGAGUUGGGUCUCUAUGACCCCGGGCUUCAGAUAUGGGGAGGAGAGAAUUUUGAAAUAUCAUACAAGAUCUGGCAGUGUGGGGGCCAGCUGCUCUUUGUGCCGUGUUCUCGUGUUGGCCACAUCUACAGACUUCAGGGAUGGCAAGGAAACCCUCCACCUGCACACGUUGGCUCCUCACCCACCCUCAAGAAUUAUGUCCGUGUGGUGGAGGUUUGGUGGGACGACUAUAAGGACUACUUCUAUGCUAGUCGUCCUGAAACUCUGACUCUGGCCUAUGGAGAUAUAAGUGAGCUCAGACAAUUCAGAGAGGAGCAUCGGUGCAAGAGCUUCAAGUGGUUCAUGGAAGAAAUAGCUUACGAUAUUCCACUGCACUACCCUCUUCCUCCAAAAAAUGUUGAAUGGGGGGAGAUUCGGGGCUUUGAAACGAGCUACUGCAUCGACAGUAUGGGACACACAAAUGGAGGCAAUGUGGAAAUCGGCCCCUGCCAUAGGAUGGGGGGCAACCAGUUGUUCCGCAUCAAUGAAGCGAACCAGCUAAUGCAGUAUGACCAGUGCCUGACCAGAGGAGACAACUCGGCUGUCAUCAUCACACACUGCGACCAGAACCAGCACACUGAGUGGAGCUACUUCAAG